UGGUGGAUGAUUUUGCGAUGUUGAUUAUAGACAUGCUGUUACCACAACAACUUCUUGGCCGUCAAUAUGGCGUAAUACAGUUAUUUGUUCAUUCUGCAAUUAUAGAGACGUGUCUUCAGUAGAUCUAGAUCAGCUGUCUAUAUGCUCACCAACGGUCAUGAGAUGUCGGGCCGCGGCCGAUGAGCAGAAACAGAUUGCACCAUGGGAUGCGGCAGAUCUGGAAGAACUCCAAAGUCAAAGUCUAGAAAUGGCCUUUUCUCCCGAAGUACGCAACAGGUUAUACCUACACAUCCAAUGUCAAAUCGUGUUUGCCUUGAUCAUGAGCGUGAUCCUCAUCCUCAGGCCAGAAAUCAUCCUUUGCAACAGUGCUCUUGCGUUCUGCUUCCCCAGGAACACCGUUUUUCGGGAUGACUACAUGUUGAGUUAUACCGAGGACGCCUUGGCAGCCACCGUAGGAGCCCUAACUUUCUGCUUUGCUGUUACCUACAUCUUGGCGAUUCGGUCCGGUGAUGAGAAGUACAUGGUCAACAGUGUACCGGCAAGGUUCAUUGCUGCCGCUCUGUUCAUUACGUUGUCGCUUUGGAACAAUGGACCGCCUAUGCUAUUCUUUGCGAGUCUUGGCGAGGCAUUGGGGGCUUAUCUGACGGGACGCAACGUUGAGUCAUUUACUGGAUGGAAAGCGGAUAUGGAGGAGUAAAAGCGCGGACAAAACGAGCGUUAUAGUUUGUAAUAAUACAUGCCUUUUUCCAUCCUCGAACGGAUCCAUUAAGCUGUUAAACUAGUCGCACAGGGAAACACCAUGAUCUGGAGUGUUUGCAAUCGAGGAACCUCUGUAUCAGACAUGUUAGCAUCCCGCUCUCAAAAACACUUUCUUCCAUGCCACGACUCGCACAACGGCCAACGGAUAUACGUUCAGAGUUAAAAAGCUUUUAGUUGAAGAUGGUAUCACUGUGUGACCUCCAUGAUUUGUUGACUUUGUCAUCCUUUGCUAGUCCGCUGACCCACGAUAUGACACGGAAAUUUUCACGACCUACCUUCUGACAAUUGCGAUGUGCUGAUCGUCGUCGAGGUUCGCGGUGCGAUUGAUGGCCAUGGAUGGAUUCGACGUCGAAGUCGAAGUCGACCUUUAUCCUAAAAAUAUUGCCUGAAGACGGG